AUGAUAAAGCUUCUAAUACUUUUAACAUUGACGAAAGUGAUCGGAGGUUCGUUACCUCCCGACGAUGCCGACAAUGUGUUGCAUAUCGGUGGCAUUUUUCCGAUAGGAGGCAAGGGCGGAUGGCAGGGUGGCCAGGCUUGCAUGCCAGCCGUAAACCUGGCUCUCGACGAUGUUAAUCAUAAUGAAAAUUUGUUACCUGGAUUCAUAUUGAAGCUUCACUCAAAUGACAGCCAGUGUGAGCCAGGACUCGGUGCCUCGGUCAUGUAUAAUCUAUUAUACUAUAAGCCGCAUAAAUUAAUGUUGUUAGCUGGAUGUAGCACUGUUUGUACAACUGUUGCAGAGGCAGCGAAGAUGUGGCAUCUAGUUGUGUUAUGUUAUGGUGCAUCAUCGCCUGCAUUGUCCGAUCGAAAUCGGUUCCCGACGCUUUUUAGGACACACCCAUCAGCUACGGUGCAUAAUCCUACGAGAAUCAAAUUGUUGCAAAAAUUUGAUUGGUCUCGAGUGGCAAUCUUGCAGCAAGCCGAAGAAGUGUUCAUAUCUACUGUAGAAGAUUUAGAAGCACGUUGCAAAGAAGCAGGAAUAGAAAUAGUUACACGCCAAAGCUUCUUGUCUGAUCCAUCUGAUGCUGUAAGGAAUUUACGUAGACAAGAUGCUAGAAUCAUUGUUGGUUUAUUUUACGUAGUAGCCGCUAGGAGAGUUCUUUGCGAAUUGUAUCAUCAAAAUCUUUAUGGAAAAAGUUAUGUGUGGUUCUUUAUUGGUUGGUACGAGGACAAUUGGUACGAGGUGAAUUUAAACGAAGAAGGAAUCACGUGCACAAAAGAUCAAAUGAGGCUGGCAGCUGAAGGGCACUUGACGACCGAAGCUUUGAUGUGGAAUCAGAAUAAUGACACGACAAUCAGUGGGAUGACUUCCGAGGAUUUUAGGCAGAGAUUGAACAAAAUGUUGAAGGAAGAUGGAUUCGAUAUCGAUAAUAAUCGUUACCCUGAAGGAUAUCAAGAGGCACCUCUCGCUUAUGAUGCAGUUUGGUCAGUAGCGCUAGCUUUCAAUAAAACAAUGGAGAAGCUGAGUAAGCAAGGAAAGAGCCUAAAAAACUUCAGUUAUACUAACAAGGAGAUAGCAAAUGAAAUUUACUCGGCGAUCAACUCCACUCAAUUUUUAGGAGUAUCUGGAUACGUUGCCUUUAGCUCACAAGGUGACAGAAUUGCAUUGACCCAGAUCGAGCAAAUGAUCGAUGGAAAGUACGUUAAGUUGGGAUAUUAUGAUACCCAAAGCGACAAUUUGACAUGGAGGAACAUGGAAAGGUGGAUAGGUGGUAAAGUACCACAAGAUAGAACCAUUGUGAAGACUGUUCUUAGGACGGUCUCGUUGCCUUUAUUUAUUUGCAUGGGGACUAUAUCUUCAUUGGGAAUCAUAAUAGCUGUGGCAUUGAUCAUUUUUAAUAUAUGGAAUAGACAUAGAAGGGUUAUAAUGUCGUCACAUCCUGUGUGCAAUACUAUAAUGCUGAUUGGAGUUAUAGCAUGUUUCGUAUCAGUGUUUCUAUUAGGAAUUGACGGUAGAUUUGUCGCAGCUUGGGAAUAUCCAGCUGUCUGCCAAGCUAGAUCUUGGAUGUUGUCCACAGGUUUCACUUUAGCUUUUGGGGCGAUGUUUAGCAAAGUAUGGCGCGUCCACAGACUAACGACAAAGACAAAAGCUGAUCAAGCAAAAUUGUUCAUGGCUAAACAAAAAGUUUCGUCCAUACAGAAGAAAAUUCAACCGUGGAAGCUGUAUACGAUGGUAAGCGGAUUGUUGGCAGUGGAUAUCGUACUAUUAGUCUGUUGGCAAGUGCUUGAUCCUUUGCAAAGGAAGAUGGAGACAUUCCCGUUGGAACUACCUCCGUUUGGUGAUGACGAUGCAAGGAUUAGACCGGAAUUAGAACAUUGCGAGAGCACCCACAAUAACAUUUGGCUUGGUUUGAUUUAUAGUUACAAAGGGAUCAUCCUGGUGUUCGGAUUGUUUUUGGCGUACGAGACUAGAAGUAUCAAAGUGAAGCAGAUCAAUGAUUCCAGAUACGUUGGGAUGUCGAUAUACAACGUGGUUGUUCUCUGUUUGAUCACAGCUCCCGUGACAAUGGUGAUCGCCAGCCAGCAGGACGCCAGUUUCGCAUUCGUCGCCCUCGCCAUUAUUUUUUGUUGUUUCUUAAGCAUGGCGCUGAUCUUUGUGCCUAAAGUGAUCGAAGUGAUCAGACAUCCGAAAGAUAAGGCUGAAUCUAAGUACAAUACCGAUGUGGGUAUGUCGAAAGAGGACGAGGAAAAAUACCACAAACUUCUUAGCGAGAAUGCCGAGCUUCAGAAACUCAUUGCCGUGAAAGAAGAGAAGAUCAAAUUUCUGAAACAGACUCUGGCCGAGCGAGAUGCGUUGAAAGAUGGAAGCGGAAACCUUCCCAAGGAUUCGUUGAUAGUCGCCGAUUUUGUAACGGGCGAAGGAACUUCGGAUAGCGCAAUCGGUGGGGGUAUUUCUGUUUAUACACAAUCAUCUCGAGCUUCUGCUUCUGAUUUUGAGUUUUCAGGAUCGUACUUGUAGAUUCGAUCGUGGAUUUGUGUUCUGCUCUUUCUAUAAAUCAUAGAACGAAUUUAAGAAAGUGGGACUUAAAUGGUUAAAAAAAAAAAAGCAUAUUGUUUCUUUCUUACGACGUUUUACUUUUUGAUCUUUUUAUUAAUUGAAUCACGCGUUGUAGUUUCUCUCUCCUCUCUCUCUCUCUCUCUUUUUUUGUCACAAAUUAUUGUUGGACGCAUGUAAAAGUUUUAAUUUCAUUAUACAUGAAUGGAUUGUAUUAUUUUAGAAAAAGUAAUUUAUUUGAUGUUAAUUAGUGUAAUUGUCAUUGUUCUCGAUGAAUUUUUGCCCAUCAUUGUGAUAAUCAUUGAAUUCCUUUGUUACAAAUACUCGAUUUUUGUUCACAAUAUAUAGAUGCGUGAUUUUUCAAAGUUUCUAUUUAGAUUAGAAUUCCGUUUCGUUUUGUAAAAUACAAAAUAAAUAAUCUAAUCAAGUAAUAUUUACAAUUUGCCAGAACUUUCUUGAAUUUAAGAAGAAUCUUUUUCUGAAUUGCUCCUUUUAAUUUUUCCAGUUAUAUAUUGAAAAAGAUUGUAAUUUUUGAAUAAUCUUUGAAAAAUCACGUUGUGUCUGCAUAUUUUGAUAAAAAAUAAAGUAUAUUUUAUCAUAGCAUUUUAUAUUUAGUAAAGGAAUUCAAUUGCUAAUACAAGUACAUUAGAAUGGAUGAAAAGUAAUCGAAAACAAUAACGAUUAUAUAAUUGAUUGAAUAAAUCAUUUUUCGUAAAAUGACAAUCUAUCCGAAAUCAAAACUUUUUACACUAUUAUUGCUAUUUAUAUCGCACAUCAUAUAAAUUCAAAUUUCGUUUCAAUUCUGAACGAAACUUCGAAAGGAAAAUGACGCACCGAAGUGGUCGAAAGCAGAAACAAGCUUCGUUUCUUGAUUCAUUGUUCGAUGUAUAAAUAUAUGCGUUCCCCUUUUCUUGGGGCGACGCACUCUUUUUAUGUAACUCGGUGUCUAAACGUAUAAAUAUUGAAUGUAAUGUAUAUAACAAGUCAAGGUAUUAGAUGUGCGUAUGCGUAGUGAGGUUAAUAAAGCAUUCUCGAUGUAAAAGUAAAUCCAUACGCGCGAGAUAUUAAUUGAAUAUCGCUGAUCACAUACAAAUUGUUGGCCUACAAUUGUCGCGCGCCUCGUUCUCGUUCACAACGACCUUUUCGUUACUUCGAGACAGUCAGUUAUUGCACAAUUGCAGAUAUUUCCGACUAUUGGGAUUUUAUUAUUAUACAUAUAUUUGUACAGAAAAGUUUUAUCGAACGAAUAUCGAAUAUCUUGAUUCAAUCACAGUAAAUUUCUUCGUCAGUAAGUUCUCUCGAGUAUCGAUAUUGAUCGAUAUUCGAUGUUAAUCGAUAUUCGAUAUAAAUCGAUAUUCGAUGCUGAUCGAUAUUCGAUACGGGAACAUGGCAUAAAUCGAUUACGGACCAAACAACUUCGUAAAAUAUAUUUGCUAAUUGUUAACUUUCUGAAUAUUUUAUGCAAAUUGUGGAAUUGUCGAGUUUUGUUGGCGAGACACGUCAACGUGGCAAAUGGCACUACGAUUCGAAUUUAUUCGCGCACGGUUUAUACGGGUCCAAAAAAAAAAAAAAAUAAGAAAAAAAUAGAGAAAGGAAACACAGAGGAAAGAAACGUUCUCAUUAAUUCGCGAAUGUUCAUAUUUGUAUAACACACAUACGUUGCACACGAGGUAAAAAAAAGAUAUUGUUUGAUUUAUCGUAUAGUUUGAAUUCGCAAUUAGCAUCACGAAUAUUUCGUUUGCUCCAGGCCUAAAUUCUUUUUUUUUUUUUUAUAUAUGAUUCACGCAUGAUUUGCAACAAAUUGCAGUUAAAUCUCGUUAGACAAUAACCUGGUCGUUUCCGAGACAGCGUCAAUAUCGAUAUUGUGAACCUCAUGAAGUCUGCUCCCAAAUUAACGUAUAACGAAACGUUGCACGGCACGCGAAAUUGGUGUUUCGACGAAGAAAUGAUGUUCGUACGCGAUACAACAAGAUACUGUAUAGUCACGCAAAAAAAAACAACGUGCUAACGAGAUUUAAACGCUUCAAAAUGUUGCGCCAUUCAUAAAUAAUUUGGGAGUCUUGAUGAGGUGGAUCGACAAUUAUUUAUGGCCAGCCAACGUUUAAUCUUUCAGAUUGCACUUUUAAUAAUAUAAUAAAAUAUAAUAUAUAAAUACUCGAUGCUCCACUCGAAUAUCAAUUAUUUAUGAAUGGGCAAGAAAAAAAAAAAUUUGUAUACGCUUCUAUAUACCGCACAGAUAUAUCUGAAGGAUUAUCGUUUUUGAAUUCUUCUUUUUAGAAACGGACCAGGUUGGCUGAACGCAAGAGCCCCGUCAAUUAGGAUGACAAAAGCAAUACGAGCAUAUAAUACGAGCUAAAAGCUCUCACAAGGCAAAAAAAAAAAAAA